CGAGACAGGCGGUAGAGGCGCCGUGGAGCAGUGUAAACAAGGCGGGAAUAAACAUGGGAGAGAAUUUCCCAGGUCCGGGUCACACGGCUCUAUAUUCCACUACUUCCCGUCUUACUAUUAACUCUAGCAACUGUAACAACACUUGCAACUGUUGUUAUAACGUGUGUGAAUGUUAGAGAAGUUGUGACAUCUGAGAUACACAUAAGCCAAGAGGAUGGAUGAUACACAAGUCCUUGAGUGCACACAGGCUCUUGCUGAUGACUGGGAUAAUGAAGAAGGUGACCCAAAGGAGCAGAGUCUGGUUGCUUGGCUGGAAGUUGGUGGGAGUCGUCAUGAUAUUCAUCUGGGGGAAACAAAAAUUGGUCGGGAUUCGGCAACAUGCAGAAUUGUGCUGGAUAAUAAGGUUCUUUCCAAGCAGCAUGCUGUCAUUGAAGUGGACAGAGACAUGCACACCAUAGCAGAUCUUGGUAGCAUGAACAAGACGAGAAUUGGUAAGAUGAUCCUGAAGCCUAAUGUACGGUUUGCCCUGCAAGGUGGAGAGAGUUUAAGAUUUGGUGAUGUAGAAGCGAAGUACAUCAUUAUACCAAAGCAGUUGCAAAAUGAUGACAGUGGAUCAGAGACAGAGUCAGAAUCAAUGUUUUCAUUGGACGAUUCUGGAGAGAAACCUGCCUCACCAGUACUCGGUCAUCACCUGCCAGGGCUUGAUGUUACCAAACGGGACUGUACCAUAGAAGGUGACGAGGGAACAACUUCAGAUCUUUCAGACUUCAUACCACAGACACCAGUAACUGCAAGAUCAAAUUCAAUUCAGUGUGAUGGUACCAAUAUCAAGUCAUUUGUUCCGGAGUCGCCCUCAUCCUCACAAAGUACGCCUCUUUGCAAGACGAGUGCCAAGUUCACAGUGCCAGAGUCCCCGGAUAAUACAUCUGCAGUAAAGAAUUUGGGUGAUGAUAAGGAUGACAGCUUCUUCUUUGACCCUUCUCAACCUGCUAAAGAAAAGCAAGUUUGUAAAACACAAGCUUUAUCUACUUUAGUUGUAAAGGAAGCAUUGCAAACAGAAGGCUAUAAUAGUGAUGCAAGCACUGAUAUUGAGGAGGAUGAUGUUCCUACUCAACUCUUCAGUGAUGUGCAUGAUAGUGCUUCUGAAACUGAUCUGAAAUUGUACAAGACUAAAGAGGAUACUGUCAAAAGUAUUGACAGGGAUAUGUCUGAUUCCGGCAUAAACUUAUCCAAAGAUAAUAGCAGUAAAAGUACAGGUGAUGUUGACCAAGCCAGCAUCGAGUUGGAUGAUGAUAUUUUCAAUCAGCCGACCCAAGCGUUCCCUGUCUCUGAUAAGUCUCUGAAAGUGACAAGUAAUGUUGAUGUGAAUGACAUGUCAACUUCAUUUGAGAAAGAUUCCGAUAGUACCCAGGAAAUUGUGAAUGCCUUUAAACUACCAAUAGUUAAAAACAGUAUACAGUCCAAUGUUAAUGAUGAUACAGAUACAGACGAUGAAACAAUGCUUCCAACACAACCAUUUGUGGCAACUGAGAGUCCUUGCAGUAGUAGAGCUCAAGAGAUGGAUGAUGACAUACCAACACAGUUGUUCUUUGACACUGAAGACAAAGCUGUAUUCAAGAAGCCUUUUGCUAUGGCACCAAAGACCAAAAAAUCGGCUCCAGAAUUAUUAACUGACAGGUGUAAUAAAACAAAUGAAUCAUUUAAUGUAAAUACUAAUGAGGACAUUUUGGAUGCUCCCACUCAGCCAUUUUCAUCUGAUGAGCAAAACCAUUCAAAAAUGACCUGUAAUAAUAAUGAUAGCAUUUUGGAUACACCCACCUUACCAUUUGAUGAACCAGACUCAAGUUACAAUUUUCAAUUACAAAACAGAGUCGUGCAAAAUGAAAAGCAUGGUGUCGCCAGUACUGCUGCUGACGAAGACAGUGAUAUAUUUGACCAACCUACACAACCAUAUUCAGUUCUUAGAGAUGUUGAAAUGCUUGAAAACGACACUCCCACUCCAUAUUUUGAAACAACACCAGCAAAUAGAUUAUUUAAGAAAGAGGACAAACAUGAUGACAAAAAAGAAAGUGAUGAUGAAAUAGAUAUAUUUAAUAUGCCAACACAAAUGUAUUCAACGCCCAAAGCUAAUUCUAAUGUAGAGCUUGUAAUUGCAAAAAAUAAUCAGUCAAAAAAUACAGGCUUGAGAAGCAAGAGAAGUGCUGCUCCCACUUGCUUAAAUUUAUCUCCUGUAUCUGUCACAAAAGAAGCUGAUGCUUACAUUGACGAUGACGAUUUACCUCCAACACAGAUAUUUACCUCCCCUUCACUUUCACAUAAAGCACCAGUACUAACAGAGGUGGAUGACGAUGAUGAUGAUGUAGCCCCAACUCAGCCUUUUGUAAAUGAAGAGGGCACAAAAGAGAGUGCUGGUGCUUUGAAGGUCUCUGAAAAUUCUUCAUGCCUUGGUGAAGCUGAUUUUGAUGCACCUACUCAGAUAUUUCAGGAAAAGUCUAUAAAUAAAGAGUUAGAUGAACAUGAUGCACCCACUCAAAUAUUUUCUGAUGAUGAUAAAUUGAAUACUGUUACACCUCAGAAGUUGUUGCCAGGUAAGUCAAAGAAAGAUACCAGAGUUCUACCUCAAGGUAUUUCUCAGACCUGGGACGUAUUAGAUGCUGAUACGACACAGGACAUAUUCUUUGACGACGUUUUAGGCAUUGAUAAACCAUGCUCGGUUACCCCUCAACAGAAAGAUAAAGUUAGUGAUGCUGACAUCAAUGAUUCUGCUUUUGAUACUUCAGAAAUUUUAGUGAAUCCAGUCGAGACAAAUUUAAAUGAUGACAUCUCUUCAUGUUUAAAUGCUGAAAAAGAUAAUAAUUACUCCACAAAAAUGGGUACAUCUCAGGAAAACAAGAAAGAAGAGAGAGGCAGAAUAUUAGAAGAUCUUAAAGUCAAUAAUUUAGAGAUUAAAAAGCAGGAAAUGCCCAAAACAUACACAAAUAAUGAGAAUGAGGGUUACAAUUCAGAUGAAAGUACAGAUAUUGAAAAUGAGUUGGAGACCCCAGACAAAGUUUCAAAGCCUUCAGUGAAUGUUGACAGUUCACAUGGAAGUGAAAUGUCGCAUCUUGAACUAAGUAUGGACUCAACUGUGCCUGAAAAUAAAGACUGUAUGACACCUUCAAGCAUGACAAACUCUAACUCUAGUUACAAGAAAGAAAAUGAUGCAGCAUCAUCUCAAACUUCAUUAACAAAAACUCAAGAACCACAGGCAGAAGCAUCAGAAAGAGAUAAAAAAUCUUACCAAUUUAAACGCGUGUCUAGAAUGGCUGCUCCUGCAAAAACAUCUCUUCUUACACCUCACUCAACAGAAAACCAAUCAACUCCAGAUUCUUCCACGUUAAUUGAUGCCACAUUCUCGCUCAUCGAUUUGCCCGACAGUGAAGGUAGCGGAACUCAUGAAUCCGUUUGUGUUAAAUUGCAGGCUCAAAGAAGUAAGGGAAUGCUAAGUGACAGUGAAGGACACAUGCUGAGUGACAGUGAGUCUGAAGAUGGAAACUUCUCUCAGAAGUUGUUUGAUUUGCCACCAGAGUUUGAUGAUUUGAAAACUGAAAAAAGUCAGGAUGAAAACAUGGGUGAAAGAGGAGAUGAGGCUUCAGAAAUGGCUAUAGCAAAAGAGACGCCAAACAGGAAGAGCUCAAAUAUAGAUCAAGAAACUAAUAACACAAAUAUGGAUGCUACCGAGGAAAAAAUUAAAGUACAGGAUAAGAAGAACCAAAAAAAAAAGAUCAAAGAAUGUAACAAAAUAAAAGUUGAAGUAAAAGAUGGUGAUAAGGAAGAGAUUAGUGAAGAUCAAACCACGACCACCAAGUCUGUGAACAGAGUUGACAAUUCAGAAAAUGGCAGUUCUCCUACCCUUACUCAUACAAUAAGAAAGCCUAAUACACCUGUAGAUGUGGGGACAUUACAAACAUCUCAUUCUGAAACUGAUCUUGAAUGCAGAAGGAAAUCAAAAAGAAAAAUUGAUUAUAAUAAUAAAUCGGGUAACAAGAGUGAGGAAAUUGUUGAAUCUCCCACGAAAAAAAUAAAAAAUCGUAAUGCCAGCAAACCUAAAAACAAAGUUGAUACAGAAGAAACACAGCUUGAAUCCAAAACAGUACAACCAAAUACAACAAAGGCAUACUUGGAAAAGGAUGAUGCUCAGUUAUCAAUGAUUGUUGAGAGUGAACCUCCUGAAAUAGAAGUGGUCACACCUAAUGGCUCAGCUCUUGGUAAUACAGAUAAAGAACAGAAAAUUAAAAAUGAAGAUGCUAAGAUAAUUGGAGCUGGUAAAAUGUCAUUAAGAGGACAAAAGAUUAUUAAUAAAAAAGAAGAAAAUGAGAAUUCAUUGCCUGUACUAGAUAAAAGGAAAAGUAGAACUACAAAAAUUAAUUUAGAAGAAAGUACAACAAAACGUGGGACAAGGACUAAGUGUAAAAAACCUAUGAGUGAAUCAUUAAACAUAGAUUCCUCUACUUCACUGGACAGUGUGAUUGAAGUAACAAUAGAUGAUGUUCAAAACAUCCGCCACAGUGUUCGUAGAAGAAAUAAUUCCGACUCCAGUACUGUCAGCAACUUAAGCAUCGGUAGUAAUAGAAGUGUAACUAGGAGUGCUGCUACAACCAUAACCGGGUUAACCGAUCCUACUGUGAAGGGAAGAAGAGGUAAGGCAGCAGCUGAAAAUGAAAGUGACCCAAAUAUAUUGCCUCAGUUAGUGGGGGAUGAUGAAGAUAAAUUCAAGACAAGCAAGAGGAAAUUUGUACCCAAACUGCAUGACAGAAAUGGUGAAAAUGAAGAAGAAAAGAAAACGUAUUUAGUUACUGAAACGGGGAACACUAAAUCUGGUGUCAGUACAAAUAGUGGCAGGACAAGAGGGAGUAGGAGAAGUAGGAUUCCUGAUCCUCCUGUGGCAGAAAGUGACAACAAUAAGACUAGAACAAAAACAAAUGUAAAUAAGGACGACUCUGUUGUGGAAGUCAAUAUUGAGAAAACUGAUGAGACAAUAAUUAAAAAACCAGAGUUAGAUGCAGAGUUGAAAGAAUUGGAAAAUCCAACUUACUUACGGGCCAGGAGCAGCAGAUCCCGAAAGGAGCCAAAGAGAUUUUCUCCCGAGCGAGUUAAAACUCAAGCAUCACAAGAAACAAAAGUUAGAAGUAGUGGCCGGAUCAGGAAAUCUGAUAUUUCAGAAAAUAUUGGAGAACUUUCCAAAGCAUUACCGGUAAAGAGAGGAAGAAAAUCAACCAUGCCUAACCUUUGUGCAUCUAAAUCAACAGAGAAUGACGAGGAAGUAGAAAUAGUUGCAACAAGACAAAGAAGUAUACAAGGUGCAAGUGUUGUCAUUGGUGAUUUUAAAAACAAAAAAGGAGGUGUACAAAUUGUCAAAAAGGAAUGCAGGCCUAUUGCUGCAAAAACCUUUGUUUUACAGGGAAAAAAAGAAAGUUUACAAGAGGCAGACAUCCAGAAAAAGAGGACAGGACACGAACUAGCAUCAAAAGCUUCUCGCAAGACCCGGGCUAGCAUUCACACAUCACAUCUUCCUUCUAAUGUAGAUCCAAUCCCUGCCAAAAAAACAAGGAGCAGUAUAAUUGCUGAAAAGGGCAAGGGCAAAGAUAUUAUCAAUUCUUUAGAGUCCAAAAUUAUGUCCCAGAGAGAUAAGAUGACCAAGAAUUUUUCUACCAAAGAGAAAAAUGCACAAGAAGGUAAUAGUGAAGUAGCAAGAAAGCUCCAGGUUACUGAGAUGGAUAUUGCAAAAAGAGGAAGACAACAAAAUAAAGGAUUAAGUAAAGACACUACAGAUGAUGAAACAUCAAGUCAGUCAAGUGAAGACAGUCAUCUUUCUCAAAGAUCCAAGAGGAAAAGGGGCAGUGAUGAUUCCGUGGAUCAGCUGUUAUCUACUCCAAAAUCUUCCAGAAGUGGAAGAAGUCGAUUGGGGUCACCCUCCUCAAAGGACAUUAUACUGUGGUCACCGUCGCAGAGACAGCAGCAGGCAAGCACCAAGCCAAGAGUUCUCUUCACAGGCUACAUGGAUGCACAAGAUGUGAAGAUUGUCACAGAUUUUGGAGGAACAGUUGUGGAGAGUCCACGAGAAUGCACUGUUCUCGUCACAAUAAAUAUUCGUAGGACCUGCAAGUUGCUGGCUGUCAUUGGAAGAGGUUUACCUAUAGUUUCUCCUGCGUGGCUGUCUGCUUCAAAGUUAGCACGAAAUUUUGUUGAUCCUUGGGAAUAUUUGGUGAAAGACAUGGAGGCAGAGGAAAAGUAUGGAUUCCGGCUGGACCAAUCCCUUCGUUCUGCAUCUAAGGUUUUGCUCUUCGAGGGACUGUCAAUUCAUGCUACUCGGUCUGUAAAGCCACCACCUGACCAGAUGAAAGAAAUCAUUGAGUGCUCUGGUGGAGAGUACUUGGAUAUGCCCCCAAAAAAAUAUGCACCACAAGUGAGAAUAGUCUCCUGCCCAGAAGAUAAGAAACUCUGGACUUCCUAUAAAAAUCUGGGGAUUCCUAUUCUUGGGACAGAAUUCAUCCUCACAGGCCUACUGCGCCAUGAACUACUUUUGGACGAAUUCCCACUAGGGUAGUGGGUAAUGACAUGCAUAACUUACAUAUUACUUUUAUGCAUGUUCCCAAACUAAUAAUGUCAUUGUAAUGACAAUUGUUUAUGUGGAGGUUGCAUUUGUUAAAAGUACCUGAUGGUUACAUUCUUUAAACAUUUUAGUACAGAUGGACAUUAUAAUAAACUAUUAGGUUAUUUUUUAUAAAUAUUCCUUAUUUUGUUUUGAAUGUUAAAAAAAUCUAGAUCCUGAGGCUGUAAAGAAAAGGCCUAAGUUGCUAAAAGAUGUGUCUUGCAGCUGCUCUACAUCAUUCAUUCUUUUAAGGCAUUGAUUGCCCAUACAGGAAAAUGUUUGAAAGGGAUGACAAGACAAAUGUAACUAAAUAAAUAAAAAAUUAUUAAGUGAUAUGAAAAAUAUUUCUAUAUUUACUUUUUUAAACGUGUCUAGUAUAAUUUUAGAAAUGUAGCAUUGUAAAUGCUACUCUGGAGUUGAUAGUAUGCUAUAACUUAGUAAUAUAAUCUUGUAACAACUGUUACCCAUUUAAAAGAAUAAAUUUUUGUUGCUCUUGA